AGACGUUCUGCGUUCUAUUCGUGUUCCGCUGUGCUGUAUCCAGCUGUUUUCGAACGCAAAAAGAACGCAGAACGCAUUCUGUGUGUGUGUGAACGGCCCAAAAAUUACAGGCUUAGGACCACGCCUGUUCUAGGAGGAGUGGGUGAAGGCGUAAGUGUAGAAAUUUUUCACUGCCACACUUUACAGCUGCAAAGGAGCACAGGGCAAAAAAGUUGAAAAUGUCUGGCGUGGCAUCCACACUCGCCAAGAAGAGAGCCCUGGCCGCUGGCUUUGGGACGAACACCAAUGCGGUGAAGUACCUGAACCAGAAUUUUGAGAGUCUGAGAAGUGAGUGUCUGAGCCGAGGGCAGCUGUUCUGCGAUCCAACGUUUCCAGCCGCUCCCGAAUCUCUGGGCUUCAACGAACUCGGUCCACGAUCGUCAAAAACAAGAGGCAUUGUGUGGAAAAGACCCGGGGAAGUGACCUCCAAUCCUGAAUUUAUUGUUGGAGGGGCUUCAAGAACAGAUAUUUGCCAAGGAGGUUUAGGUGAUUGCUGGCUCUUAGCUGCCAUUGCUUCCCUAACCCUUAAUGAAGACGUUUUGGCUCGUGUCGUUCCAUCCAACCAGGGCUUCGGGCAAGACUAUGCUGGAAUUUUCCACUUUCAGUUGUGGCAGUAUGGAGAAUGGGUGGAUGUGGUGGUGGAUGAUCGAUUGCCCACUCGUGAUGGAGAGUUGCUGUUUGUUCAUUCCGCCACAUGCUCAGAGUUUUGGAGCGCCCUGCUGGAGAAGGCCUAUGCUAAAGUGAAUGGUUGCUAUGAAGCUCUGUCUGGAGGUUCCACCACAGAGGGUUUCGAGGAUUUCACUGGUGGGAUUGCAGAAUCGUUCGAGUUGAAACGCGCCCCGUCCAACAUUUUUCAAAUCAUCAAGCAGGCCCUGGAAUCUGGAGCUCUUUUGGGAUGCUCCAUAGAUAUCACCAGUGCAGCAGACUCAGAGGCCAUCACUUCUCAAAAGCUUGUGAAAGGACAUGCCUACUCUCUUACUAAAGCAAUUGAGGUUAAUUACCGAGGCAGAAAGGAGAAGCUGGUCAGAGUUCGUAAUCCUUGGGGUCAGGUGGAAUGGACAGGAGCCUGGAGUGACAACUCUUCUGAAUGGAAUGCUGUGGAUCCGUCUGAGCGUGAGAAUGUGAAGGCAGAAGAUGGAGAGUUCUGGAUGUCAUUCUCAGAUUUUGUGAGGCAUUAUUCCCGCAUAGAGAUCUGCACUCUGACCCCAGAUACGCUGACAUCAGACUCUGUCAAACACUGGAGUACGAGUAAAUUCGAUGGCACCUGGAGAAGAGGCUCUACAGCUGGCGGCUGCAGGAACCAUCCAUACACCUUCUGGAUGAAUCCUCAGUUUAAGAUCAAGCUGGAGGAGGAAGAUGAUGAUCCUGAUGAUAAUGAAGUGGGCUGCAGUGUGGUGAUUGGCUUGAUACAGAAGAACCGGCGUCAGCUGAGGAAGUCUGGAGAGGACAUGCACACCAUUGGCUAUGCCAUCUAUGAGGUGCCUCCCCAGUUCCGCGGGCAAAAGGACGUUCAUCUGGAUAAGAACUAUUUCCUGACCCACGCUCAGAAAGCUCGAUCCGAGACCUUUAUCAACCUUAGAGAAGUCAGCACCCGGUUCAAACUUCCUCCUGGAGAAUAUCUCAUCGUCCCUUCCACAUUCGAACCGCACAAGAACGGAGACUUCUGUGUGCGUGUGUUCUCCGAGAAACAGUCUGAGAUGCAACAAUGUGAUGACCCUGUAGAGGCAAACAUAGAUGAUGAGACAGUGUCUGAAGAAGAGGUUGAUGCUGGCUUUAGGGGACUGUUUACUAAACUUGCAGGGGAUGACAUGGAAAUCUCUGCCACUGAGCUGCGAACAAUUUUCAACAAAAUAGUCGCAAAAAGAACAGAUAUUAAGACAGAUGGUUUCAGUAUGGAAACGUGUAGGGUCAUGGUGAACCUCAUGGAUGAAAGUGGCAAUGGUAAACUGGGGUUAGCUGAGUUUGCCACUCUUUGGAAGAAAAUUCAAAAGUAUCUGGCCAUUUAUAAGAAGAAUGACAUGGAUGGGUCCGGCUGCAUGAGUACACCAGAGAUGCGGAUGGCUUUAAAGGAAGCAGGAUUCUCUCUGAAUGACUGCAUUCAUCAGAAUCUGGCUGCACGCUAUGGAGACACAGACAUGAAGAUCGACUUUGAUAACUUUGUGUCCUGUGUGAUGCGCCUGGAGAUGAUGUUCAAAGUGUUCAAAAGGAUUGAUGUAGACAGCAGUGGGUUCAUUGAGUUGGACUUCUUCCAGUGGCUGACGUUUGCUAUGAUUUAAAGGCCCAGAGGAUUAUUAUGAUUAUUAUAUAGUAUUUUUAUUGUGCUAGUUAACUUGCACAGAAAACCAUAAUAUAACUAAAUGCUUAAAUGUGGCCCUGUACCACAAAACCAGUCAUAAGGAUCAAUUUUUUUAUGAAACUGAGAUUUAUACAUCAUAAAAAAGAUUUCCACUGAUGUAUGGUUUGUUAGGGAUAGGACAAUAUUUGACCGAGGUACAACUAUUAGAAAAUCUGGAAUCUGAGGGUGCAAAAAAGUUUUGAUAUACUUACUGAAGGAAACUUACAUGAUUUUUGGCAUAAAAAAAAAAAUAUAUAUAUAUAUAUAUUGUUGACCCAUACAAUGUAUGCUAUUGCUACAGAUAUACCCAUGCUACUUAUGACUGGUCUUGUGGUCCAGGGUCACAAAUAGUAUAAUGGACCAAUUGGAAUUUGUAAAUGUUUCCACUGUACUUUGCUACAAAGAUACAAGUAUAGUUUCCUGUUGUUAUAUUUGUAAUGCACUUUCCUUUUGUUGCGGUGCUUGCAAGGCAUCACUGUUUUGAUUUUAUUGCUGCUCCAAAUGGUGUGGCUUGUUGAGGAGAACUGUGCAAUUACUUUAAAUGAUCAGUUGCAUGAUUUUCACUUGGUCAUAUAGACUUAUAUGGAAAGAGCAAUCAGAGUUAUAUAUAGGCACCAGAUUAUCAUACCAAACCUUUUGGCCAGUAAGCAACCACAUAUAGGGCUGCUGUUUGUUUGAGAAAUCACUGCUCACAUUUUUUAAGAAAAUGUAAAACUAGCAGACAACAGUAAGCCAACAGUGAAAUUACAGACCUGAUGAAAUCAUUUGACAAAUGCAGGAUUUUUUUACUUCAGUGUAGAUGUGUUUCCUAUCCACCUUUCUCUUUAACACGGAAGUAAGCCUAUGGGUGAGACUUGCGGUUCAUUAGCCGCUAUAGGGAAAUAACAAGAAGAAUAACAACGUGCAGUAAACGGUAAAACUGUUUGCACUACAAAGCAGCAUGCUCAUAAUUAAGAUAAUACAUUAAAAUAACAUGGUUAGACAAUUCGCAAAUCAAGCAGCAAAACGAGGUGUUUUGUACUUACAUCUGUCUUUAAUUGUCUAAAAAACAGCUACAUUAUAACAGUCCAUGAACCAUGAUAUUGUAAAGCCACAAAACUGUAAUUUAGAUUCAGUGCACAGACUCCAUUAAUUUUUUUAUGGUUUUCAUUUGAAUUGUAUACUUUUACUGAAUUAAUUUUUUAAGCUGAAACCAAGUUUACUUGUCUUUACUGCCUUGCAAGCACUGGUAUUUUCUUAGUGUAAAUGCAAAUAUAACUUGUAUUGUGGACCAUUUGGAAUUUGUUGCUGUAGAAAAAAAAAUAAAAUCUUUUAAUAUUUGUAACAUUA